GUUUUUUCUCUUUUAACAUUUAUUUGUGAUUCAUUUAAUGCACAAUUUUUUUUAAUUUCGUUUUAACACAAAGUUUGCUGAAAUAUACGGGGAACAAUACACGGAAAUUUAUAUCGCUAGAUAUUAGCUAGACUAUAGUGUAAAAUUUCAAACCAUUUAAUUUUAGAAGUGUUAAUUAAUAGAGAAGAAAAAAAUCCAAUAGCACCUCCCUGACAAUUUUUCUUUUAUUGUUUUUGUUUUUGCUUUUUUUGUGUUUAUUGGUAUUUUCUUUGCUAAUCAUAGAUAUUUUGCCAAGAAUUCGAUUGUAUUAGUGUGGAAAAAUAUAGGACAAAAGUAUGUCUUCGUUAUCAGCAUCGGCUGAAAAUGUCUCCUCAGGAACGGUCGGUGGUGGCAGUACAGCUGCCGGCGGAGUAAGCGGAGUUGAUUCAAACUCCCAAGAUGGUGCUGGUUCCAGCAUGUGCUUGGAAUUGGCUCUGGAGGGCGAACGUUUGUGCAAGGCUGGUGACUGUCGGUCAGGUGUGGCAUUUUUUCUGGCAGCCAUAAGAGCUACUACCGAUGACCUUCGCACCUUGAGUGCAAUAUAUUCACAAUUGGGCAACGCCUACUUUUAUUUGGGCGACUAUUCGAAGGCCAUGCAGUAUCACAAAUUGGAUUUGACUUUGGCACGUUCCAUGAACGACAAACUGGGUGAAGCCAAAUCAUCAGGUAAUCUGGGUAAUACCUUUAAGGUAAUGGGACGCUUUGAUGAGGCUGUCAUGUGUUGUGAUCGCCAUUUAACAUUGGCCCGACAAUUGGGUGACAAACUGUCCGAGGGUCGAGCCCUAUACAAUUUGGGCAAUGUGUAUCAUGCCAAAGGCAAGCAUAUGGGUCAACGUAACCCCGGUGAUUUUGGAGAAGAUGUCAAAGAAGCUUUAUCAAAGGCGGUGGAAUAUUAUCAGGAAAAUCUAAAAUUGAUGCGUGAAUUGGGAGAUCGUGGAGCUCAAGGUAGAGCUUGUGGCAAUUUGGGAAAUACGUAUUAUUUGUUGGGUGAUUUUCAGGCAGCCAUAGAGCAUCAUCAGGAACGUUUACGCAUUGCUAGAGAGUUCGGAGACAAAGCUGCCGAACGUAGAGCCAAUAGUAAUUUGGGUAAUUCCCACAUAUUCCUGGGGCAAUUCGAAGAAGCCGCUGAUCAUUACAAACGCACCUUAAGUUUGGCCAUUGAACUGGGUGAACGUGAAGUAGAGGCACAAUCAUGUUAUAGUUUAGGCAACACCUACACGCUGCUGCGCGAGUUCGAAACUGCCAUUGAUUAUCAUAAACGGCAUUUUGAAAUCGCCAAGGAAUUGGGCGAUCGUGUGGGUGAGGCUCGCGCUUGUUGGUCUUUGGGCAAUGCCUACUCGGCCAUAGGGAAUCAUGAUAAAGCUCUGCAGUUUGCUGAAACUCAUUUACAUCUGGCCAAAGAAUUGCAUGAUCCUGUGGGUGAGAGUACGGCUCGGGUGAAUAUUAGCGAUUUACGCAAAUUACUAGGACUGCCAGAGGGGGCUCCCUCACCGGUUGACGGUGAUGAACACUCAAGUAAUACGGAUCUAUCGCAAGGUAGUGAUGCUCAGUCCAUUGAUUCGGAGAACUCUCAAGGCAGAAUGAUACGCGUCCGUCGCCAAAGCAUGGAACAGUUGGAUUUGAUAAAAAUCACACCUGAUGGUAAACGCGCUCAAAAGCAAGAUGCCAAAGUACGUCCAAUUAAAGCUCAAGAUGAUGAUUUCUUUGAAUUACUGUCCAGAUCACAAUCCAAACGCAUGGACGAUCAACGUUGUUCAAUAAAAAUCAACAAAAACCCUAUAGGUCCAACUAAUGCUUCUGUCACAGCCGGCUCGGCGGCCACUGGAGCUACACGCAAACCUCUGCAGCAACACAACUCGAUACAAACAAAUUCAGGUUUUCCCAUAAAUGAAACAUCCACAACAAAUGGUGCCAAUUGCCUUCCCGGGCUAAAAUCCGCUGCAGCAGCAAAUGCAACCAGCACCAAAGGCCCAGCAGCAGGAAAUGCAGCACAUCCACCACUCUCACGUAGUGCUACAACUACGGAACAAGUUGAUGAUGCUUUCCUCGACAUGUUAAUGCGUUGCCAAAGUUCUCGGCUGGAAGAACAACGUUCUGAAUUGCCCCGAUCAAAUUUACUCAUUGAUGCUGAAACUCAAAAUCGCAAUAGGCCUAGUGGUGGCCGUGGCACAACCGUACCCGAUGAAGAUUUCUUUUCGCUCAUUAUGAAAGUUCAAAGUGGACGCAUGGAAGAUCAACGAGCAGCUAUACCCAUAACACGACGUGAUGCUCCAGGCGGCAGCUCCAACAACAACAACAACAAUACAAAUAACAACCAGAGUAACAAGUAAUAAUUUAGCUAGAUGUAUAUGUACUAAUCCAAAAACCAAGAAUGAAAAAUCUUCUUAUUCUCUCUAUCUCUCUCUCACUCCAUUUUCCAUUGCGUUCAAGUGAUUCCAUUUUUAACUAAAACAUAAAAUUUUAUAAAUACUAUACAAUCGUGUAUUCUUUUUCAUACAUUCUUUUUAUGCCUUUAACUAUAUUUUUUUAAUUCUUUUUUACAAAAAUAUACAUAUAUUUAUAAUUUUAAUAACAAACUAUUAACAUUUAUUUAUUAUACAUAAAUUUUAUAGUUAUAUACUAUUGCCCUUGCAUAAAUAUAUUAAAUAAUGAAUACAUUAUAUAAAUCCAUACUUACAUGCAUAAAUACAUAUAUGUACUAUUAUUAUCGAUAUUUAUUAUAAAUCCAACUGCACUUGUUACCCAUUCCCUUUAUAAUUUCAUUAACUUGUACUUUUUUUUCUUCAUUUCUUAAGCCACUCCAUACAUUUUUACAAAUAUUUAUACCUUUUUAGAAUUUAUAUACCCAAUAUAAACAUUUACAAAAACGGGGUUCAAAAAAAAAAAAGUAAAAAAAAAUGAAAAACUCAAUUGAAAUAUCACACAAAUGGUUUAUUUUCUAGUUAUUACAUAAUAGCAAAUAACAACAACUACCACAUGAUUUUUAUCUACUAAUAAAGAACAAAAAUAAAGAAUA